AUGGCAAAAAUUAUAGAUAAUUAUAUACUAAUUGAAGCAAUUGGAUAAGGAACCUAUGGUGAAAUACACAAAGGUCGCAAUUUAAUUUCAAAAGAAGCAGUUGCUGUCAAAACUAUAAAAUUAGAUAGAUUCUUAAAUGAUUCUCUCUUAAAAGAAAUGAUAAUAAAUGAAAUUUAAGCUUUGAAAAAAUUGGAAGAUCAACACAUAGUAAGAAUGAUCAAGAUGCUUAAAUCAUCAAAUAACAUCUAUCUAGUCUAUGAACAUCUAAAUGGAGGGUCGUUGGCCAAUUAUUUAUAGGAAAAAGGUCGGUUAAGUGAAUAUGAAGGCAGACAAAUUAUCACAAAUAUUUUUAAAGGGUUUAAGACUUUAAACCAUGAAAAAAUAAUUCACAGAAAUAUCAACCCUGAAAAUUUAUUUUUUAAUGAUGGCAUUAUUAAAAUUAAGAACUUCUUUUGCUGUAAAUCAUCCACAAGCUAAAAGAUAUUCGAUCCAGAGAAUUAUUUAUACGCUGCUCCUGAAAUUUUAUUAAAGACUUAAUAAUCUUAAUAUGAGGAUAAAUGCGAUAUUUUUUCACUAGGAUUAGUGUUUUAUAAGAUGUUUUUUGGAACACUUCCAUUUCCUGAAAAUAUUGCAUAAGAAUAAUUAGUAGAGUUAUAUCGUUCUUAAGAUUUUAAUCCUAUUAUUGAGGAUUUAUCAGAAAAUACAAAUUACAUUUUAAACGGAAUGCUUUAAAUUGAUUAAUAAAAAAGAAUUGAAUGGUAAAAGUUAUUUCAUGAGGAUCAAGUACCAUCAACAUCUGGACUUGUGAAUUCUAUUAAUACAAAUUUUGCAUCAAAUUACCAAAUAAAUUCCUAAGUGCAAUAGUUUGAGACAGUAGGAUAAUAAAACUUUUACAUUUCUUAAUAAUCUAUACAAAAUUAAAUAACCACAAGUCCGAACGAGUUGAUCAAAAGAAGAAAUAAUUUAUAAGAUAAAGAAAAUACUAAAGCCAAUAAAGAAAAUGAUAAUAUUUCAUUAUUUACUAAGACUGUAGAAAAGGACUCCAAUAUAUCAUCAUAUCAAUAAUAAUCACAAUAAUAAACAAAUUCAAAUUAAUAAAUUAAUAAUCUAAAUGGUUAACCAAAUGUGAUUAAAUAAAUCUAAACCUAACUAUUUGAACUUCGAUAUAAAUUUAAUAUUUUAAUUUAAGGAAUUAUUAGAAUUGAAUAACUUGAAAGCUGGUCAGCGAAAAUUAAAACCGAAAUUUGCAUGAUUUUUUUAAUUAAGAAAGCCAUUAAAUAUAUAAAUGAAAUGAUUGACAUUUGCUAAAACAGUGAUAGAUAAUGGAUAAUGUCUAAGAAUAAAAAUGAGAUAGUUAAAAUUUUGUAAAAAGAUUACGAUGAACUUUUAUCGUAGUUCAGAUUCAUUAAAUAGACUACAAAUUCUUAGCACGAAGAAUUAGGCUCACAUGAAAUUAUAGAGGAAUAAUACAUAGACAAUGUGUUGAUUAUGAUAGCAAAAUAAAUUUCAAUGGAUUUAGGAUAAGUGAAAUCAAGUAUGCGAACUAAUUCCUAAAUUAAGAGCAAUUCUUUUAAUUAUGAAUAAACUAGCUAAAGAAAUGGAAGUUUUAUUGAAUAAAAGCAAAAUAUUGCAAAUUAAUAGAUUUUUGCUAUUUUUUUGAUAGAUUUAGUUAAAGGUUAAAUAUAAGACGAAUAACGCCCUUACUUUAAAAAAAUUGAAGAAUCAAAAUUGGCUGAAAUUUUAGACUUUAAGUUAAAGGCAAUCUGA